GAGAGGGAAGGAGCACGCGUGUCUCUGUACUACUGCAGACAGAGUUGCAGAUAACCGGGGGAGAGAGAGACAAGCAGGACAAGAAACUCCAUAUACAGCCACCAUGCAUUUCAGUCUGUUUAAGAAGAAGGCAGAGCCUCCUGAAGCUCACACGAUGGAGCCUAGCACAGAGCCACCUAUUGUCUCCCAGGAGAACUCAACUGCAGUGGCUAGCCCUGGAGACAAGAGUGCAGACACUUUCAGAAAGAUCCAACAGGAGCUUAUGAACCAGAUCAACAAGAUUCCCUUACCUCCUUGGGCCAUCAUAGCCAUAGCAGUGGUAGCAGGCUUGCUGAUCAUCACGUGCUGCUUCUGUAUUUGUAAGAAAUGUUGCUGCAAAAAGAAGAAAGGAAAGAAAGAGAAAGGAAAGGGAAUGAAAAAUGCUCUCAACAUGAAGGACAUGAAAGGAUCUGGAGGGCAGAUUCUGCAGGAUGACGAUGAUGAUGCAGAAACUGGCCUAACAGAAGGAGAAGACAAAGAGGAGGAAGAAAAGGAAGAAGAGAAGCUUGGAAAGCUUCAAUUUUCCUUGGAUUAUGACUUUCAGAAUAAUCAGAUGCAAGUUGGUGUCAUACAAGCUACAGAAUUACCGGCGCUGGACAUGGGAGGAACAUCAGAUCCCUAUGUGAAGAUUUUCUUUUUACCAGAUAAGAAGAAGAAGCAUGAGACUAAAGUUCAUCGGAAGACCCUGAAUCCCAUCUUCAAUGAGACAUUUACUUUUAAGAUUCCAUAUCAAGAGCUUGGUGGAAAAACCUUGGUUAUGGCCAUAUAUGACUUUGACCGCUUUUCCAAACAUGACAUAAUUGGAGAGAUAAAAGUCCCCAUGAAUACAGUAGACCUUGGUCAACCAAUUGAAGAAUGGAGAGAUUUACAGAGUGCAGAAAAGGAGGAGCCUGAGAAACUGGGUGAUAUCUGCAUUUCGCUACGAUAUGUUCCCACAGCUGGGAAACUGACAGUGUGCAUCCUGGAAGCCAAGAAUCUUAAGAAGAUGGAUGUGGGUGGCUUGUCAGAUCCCUAUGUAAAGAUUCAUUUGAUGCAGAAUGGAAAACGUCUAAAAAAGAAAAAAACAACAGUGAAGAAGAAGACAUUGAAUCCAUAUUUCAAUGAGUCUUUCAGUUUUGAGAUACCAUUUGAGCAGAUACAGAAAAUACAAGUUGUAAUCACAGUUCUGGACUAUGACAAACUGGGUAAGAAUGAGGCAAUUGGAAAGGUCUUUGUUGGAUGCAGUGCAUCAGGAACAGAGCUCCGACAUUGGUCAGAUAUGCUGGCCAAUCCACGUCGCCCUAUUGCUCAGUGGCAUCCACUCAAACCAGAAGAAGAAGUGGACCUUGCUCUUGGGUCAAAGAAGUAAAUAACCCUCCACACACAUAACACAUAUACUUCCCCUUAAUAUUUUCCCUCCUGCCCUCCCACUCUGCUGUGCAGACUUAAAUCUACAAAGCACCUUCUGCUCACCCACCGGCAACAUCAAAUGCACAGCAGCCAGGACCUAAGGAACACAAUCAAGGGGUGGUAUUUCAAUACAAGUCUGUUUGUCAGCCACCAAAUUCAGAAGAUAAACAUUUCCUCUCUUUUU